CGACUUAAACCUAUGAACCGGCGUACGGUAGAUUACUCCGCCUUUUAUACUUAGCUACAGCUGUUCAGGCCAGAUCAGCCUUGCAAAUUCAAGAAGCUGACCAUACUAACUAACUGACUACUUAACAAGCGCAACAUUCGAUCCUUCAUACUGCAAAUCCUAAUACUAGGCAGAAACCCAAUCCGAAAUUGUAAUCAAUUAUGAACCCAUCGCCCCAGCGCAACAUGUCUACUGAUCCCAUUUCAAACCUCCCUCCAUAUACCCGCUACAUCACUACCCAUGACUCCAAUGGCAAAGCCAUCGUCGAUACCACAUUCGACAUUCACACUCCAAAGUCUACCUUCCCGGGAGGCUCAACUUUCCACCUCGACUACUCCACUACGCGCGUGCCACACUCCUUCGCCGCCAACACAGACCUAAUUUCCUACAAAUCCGAUGCCGAUAACAAAGCCAAGCUGCCCCCAGCAUACCGCACGCCUGGUGGUACAGUCAUGCAGCACAGUGAGACCCCGCCGCUAGGUCUGAGCCCGCUGCAUCGCACAACGACACUGGAUUAUAUGGUCGUGCUCGAGGGCGAGAUCGAAUUGAUAUUGGACAGUGGGGAGACGAGGAGGUGUAAGCGGGGCGACACAGUCAUUCAGCGCGGGACCAUGCAUGCGUGGCGCAACCCUAGUUCGACAGAGUGGUGUCGUAUGUUGUUUGUGUUGACGCCUGCGGAGGAGCUGGAGGUUGGCGGGGAGACCUUAAGAGAGGAGUUCAGAGGGAAGCCAGAUGCUCAGUAAGAUCUAAUCUUGAAAGCUCAGCAAAUGGAAAUAUCCA